UCCUAUCAAUGUGCGGAGCAGCGCACAACGUCAGGCGGACCGAUUCCCUGCGUCUGCCAGUCCCGCCACAGAUUCAUUUGGGAUCCUCAAACAGAUGAGCCCGUAGAGACGGGGGAUCAAGGCGGCCUAUUAGAGCCAAUUGCCUGCUUCGGGGACCGCCAGCCCUUCCAGGCCUGGCAACGCGGGAGGGUGGGGAAAGACGACGGAGCGCCGCUGCGGGAAGACACUGAAGCCAGAGCGACACUCAUCCCCCCCCCACCCCCCCACCUUACAGCGCAGGCUUUGAAAGCUGCUCCCCCAUCUGAAUGGAAACUCAGAACCGCCGGGCGGCGCGUUCCUUCUCGCCCAGCGUUGCGAUCCAUGCCGAGGGGCAGGUAGUGCGAGUCCGCGCCAGCGCCCAGCUCCCGGGACAGGGCCGGCAAUGCUGCUGAGCAGAACUUGACCGAGCCCCUUCCUCGCUGCUAGUGGAAGCGAUGCUGCACGGCAUAGCCAGCGCUUCCCAGGCUCUCCUUCAAGCUGAAGGUUACCCACCCGCGCAGCCAGCCCCAGCCCUGUGAGCGCCGCGCCUCGGUUCCCGGCUCCGGCUGCUUGGCGGCACGCAGGGCAACGACCGGGCCGCCCGCGCCGGGGCGCACUGCACCAGCGGCUUCGGCUUGGUGGAUGUGUAUGCAUGAGUUCUGCACCGAAUGGGCGCAAAAAGCGCCCCAGCCGGUCCACCCGCUCCUCGAUCUUCCAGAUCAGCAAGCCCCCGCUGCAGAGCGGGGAGUGGGAGCGCAGGGGCAGCAGCUCCGAAAGCGCCCACAAAACCCAACGAGCCCUGGACGACUGCAAGAUGCUUGUCCAAGAGUUCAACACUCAAGUGGCCCUGUACCGAGAGAUGGUCAUUUCUAUCGGGGAUGUCUCUGUCAGCUGCCCCUCACUCCGGGCGGAAAUGCACAAGACCAGAACCAAAGGCUGUGAAAUGGCCCGCCAGGCACACCAAAAACUUGCUGCCAUCUCAGGCCCGGAAGAUGGUGAGAUCCAUCCAGAAAUCUGUCGGCUUUAUAUCCAGCUGCAGUGUUGCUUAGAAAUGUACACAACAGAGAUGCUCAAAUCCAUAUGUCUGCUGGGGUCUCUUCAGUUUCAUCGAAAAGGAAAGGAGCCUGGUGGGGGAACCAAGAGUUUGGACUGCAAAAUUGAGGAGAGUACUGAAACACCCGCUCUAGAGGACUCCUCAUCAUCCCCUGUAGAUAUUCAGCAACAUUCCUGGCAGGUUUCCACAGACAUUGAGAACACUGAAAGAGACAUGCGAGAAAUGAAAAACCUUUUAAGCAAACUCAGGGAAACUAUGCCUUUACCAUUGAAAAAUCAAGAUGACAGCAGCCUUCUAAAUCUAACUCCCUACCCCCUGGUUAGAAGACGGAAGAGAAGGUUCUUUGGGCUGUGUUGUCUUGUCUCAAGCUAGGCAACUCCUCCUGGAAACCCACCAAUGCGAAGACCUGAAAAUAUCACAGAACCUGAGGACCUCCAGACAGCUGAACCACAAUUAUUGGUUUUUGACUAUGUUUUCUAUGCUUCCUUAUUACUUUUAUUCGCCUCCCUCUACCCUUUUAAAUGAUUUUACAUGUGAAAGCAGCUGCUGUCAAGGGGGGGUAAAAAAGAUUCAAAAAGCAGGCUGUUUUUAAAAGGAUUUUUAAAGCUGACAUUGUGCAUGUCUGCUCCAAACCAUACCAUGACAGAUGCGAGAAUUAUGGUUUUUAAAUUAUUUAAAGGUUUUUUUUAAAUGUAUCAUACAGAGAAAAAUUAUUUCAUGUAUAAUAGUAUAUCUUUAGCUCUUGCUGAUCUCAUGUUAACAAUUUAUCAUAUAUGAAAGUCUUUAAACAUAGAAAUCUCUCUAAAACUGCAAAACUGUGUUCAAAAAUCCAAUCUAUCAAUAUUAUUAGAGAUAAUAUUAUAAUCAAACAUAUACCACCUCACCUAUUGCUUUGUCUGUGCUCAUUCACAUCUAGUCUUCCAUUCUGUCGGAAUCCAAGAGCUUCUACAUAAAAACAUCUUAAUUUAUAAUGCAACAAAAACCAUAUAUGGAAAGUAUUUAAAUUUUGUAAAUACACAAUUAUCCUAAUACCUUCGUACAAUGCAUAUGGGCAACUAAUUUCCUUUUGAUCCAAUGGUGUCUUUUUCAGCUUCUUGGAGAAUGAAGUAAUCCAGUUAGAAAAUGGUGUAGUAACAUAUACAAUUACCCUCAAAUGUAAAAUUGAGUAUUAUCACAUUUUGUUCUAAUUGAAAUCUGAAGCAUGAUGUCUGCACAGCAGCAUAGUGUUAAAUCUUAUAGGGCAUGCCGGAAUUAGCUCAGAUCGUAAAAAUAUUUAACAUUUUCUGUUAAUAAAAUCUUUUUAGUUAAGCUAAGCUUGUCUCAUAUUAGAUGACUAUGCAGAUAUGACUUUUCCGAUGUGUACUUGGUGUCUUGUCUUAUGCUUAGAAUCUUGAAAGCAGGACACAUUAAGCAAUACUAUAUUUUAGAAAGGAGGAAGCCACACGCUUCGAUUUUCUGCUCACAGUUUUGUUAUGAUCUUCCUCACUAAACCUGUAACAUGGUACAAAUUUUGUUAUAUUGUCCCCUGUUCUUCCUUGGCCCGUUUCCCAAACAGAAUUUUCCAUAGGUUGAGAGAUCAGGCCUUUGGACUUUUUUUCUUGCUUUCCAAAAUCUAAAUGACCCUAAAGAAGGACAAGAAGCAACCAGUGUCUAGUACAAUAAAAGGAUGGGCUAGAUGCCUAUAAGUGGUUUAUUCAAGAUGCAUUUUUAAUCCCAACCCUAUACUUUCUCAGUACUUAAGUGCACAGGCAUUUAUAGGUCCACCAAUAUUUUGACCUAACAACUAAAUUUAUUAAAGCUGUUAGCUUUACUGAAGAUGAAGAUAGGUAUAUAUGAAAUAGUGGACUAAUUAUUGUAUUAGGUUGAACCAUAUGAAAUUGCUGGCAAUGGACUGUUUUGACCUAUAAAAAUAGCAAUUUCAUAUGGUUCAACCAAAUAUCUGAUGUUGUGAAAAUUAUACUUGGAAUUGUCUUCUAGCAUUUGUGAUUGAAAGCGAACAGAUUAAAGGGUUGGAAGAGAUCUCAAAAGGCUACACAGGUGUCUCUUUAGAUCAUACCAGCUCACUUGGGGCCUUAAUCUUGGAAUCCAGAGUUGUGUUCCAAUGACCUGGUAAUGAAUGCACGGUUGUAAGUAUGCCUGACUCCAUAUAAAGAGGUAUCUCUGAAACCUAUAUGAGAAAACCACAACUUUCUAAAUCAAAUAUUUGUAAAACAGUUAUUGGAAUAUGCUACUUAAAGACCCUUAGAAUGAAUACCCCCUUGGAAAGCAGGGAACUACUCCCAAAUUUAUCUGGUCUGUAAAGCCUGAUUUCAUAAAUCAGGUUUGACUAAAGCUUAAUAUUGUUUUUGAAUAUGGUUCAUUUCCAUCCCCCGUGGUUAAUUCACUUAAGGUCCAUUAUUUUAGAAAUUAUAAAACAGCCCAACUGGGCAUGCUCUCAGCUCCCGUCUCAGUCCUCACCCACCUUUCCACUAUAUUGAACCCUUUGCUUCAAUCUAGUUCCUACUAAUUCAUGCAAAGUUAUCAACUGAUAAACCUACCUUGGUGUUCAGCACGUUCCUCUAAAUGCUUGACCUAAAUCACUUCUGCUUAGUUAAUUUGUGCUCACUCUCGCCUUAGUCUCGGUAUGAAAGGAACACUUACCUUCCAUGCCAUUGUCCUUUGUACAACUGAAGACUGUUAAUAAAUUCAGGUCUCACCUCCAGGUCUGGGAGGGCUAUAGUAGCUAUUCAUGGAGAUGGGAAUUUGUCUAAUUCCCUAGGUAGGCUUCCCAUAUCUAAGGUAAAUAAAUUCAGCCACCUUAUCUUUUAUUCAUAGUGCCUGUUUCCCAGACUUUGAUUGGUUUUAUAGUUCCUGUGGACACACUCCAAGAUUUAUAGAUCUUCUUUCACUAGCAGGUCCUAAAAUUAAAUGUAGUGCUCCAAGUCGUGAUGACCUACCCUGGCUCAUAGUGGCAAUAGACAGCUCACCAUCUCCCAUUAGAUAUGCCAAUGCGUCUCUUUAGGAGCUGACCCCACUCUCCUCUCACCUACCAAAGGACUUUCUCAGGUGUAGUCCAUGAGAUAGAGGUCUACUGUCUCGGCUUCUGCUAGUAAUUCACUUUCAGAUUAGCAAUAACCCUGAGCUGAUCUCUAGGGGUAAGGAGAGAACACUGAACCCAUUCUGUUGCAUGGGUACUCACAUGCUGGAAACAGAAAAGGAUGUCAACUUUUUCUGGCACACCCUCACCCAUUUUACCACCAUAAUUUCAAUAUCCUGUGUUGAUUCAUCAUUGUUGCUGUUUUUGUUGUGUGUGUGUGUGUGUGUGUGUGUGUUCAGAUUACAGAGGCAAUAUAUAUUCUUUAUGGACAAUCUGAAACAUACCACUGAGUAUAAAGAAAAUAAAAAUCACCUGAAUCCCACCAUAAUCAUAUUGUUUAAAACCACAUUUCCAGGCUUUAAAUCGUCAGUGGCUAGGUUCAAAGGCACUUGUGGAUAAGAUAAGUGAACAAAUGCCCACAAGGCCAAGGUAUCACUUUAAAAUAUCUGUCUGCUGAUGUUUUGCAUGCUUCUAGAAACAGAUUGACUGCAAACUUCUGGUUGUGCCACUGCUGAAGGGUACAAAGAAGACUAGAAGUAGCACAGCCCGGAUGCCUCCUCUAAUGAAAGCUUUUAGGGAAAUUCUAAAAUCCUGCCGGAUCAUUUUGUUCCUGGGUGCUCUUCUAACAGUUGGAUGCUUACUGCAUGGCAAUACUGCCACCUACUGAAUUCUGAGCUUUAGGGUAAGAGGGGAAAACAAAUGUGCAGAAUAUAAAGGCAUCUCAUUCAUUUUAGACAGCAAACAAUGGACCAGGUUAACAAUAUUCCAUAUGGAAUUUAGAUUCUGGAAGUCUCAGAGCUGAAAGGAUUAAGGAUAUCAUCCAGACUAACUUCCCAUGCCACCUACAUGUACCUAAAAAUUGCCUAUCAUUUCUCUGUGUUCUCGAACGUCACCAAAUGCAAAAUGCUCAGGUUUCAGGUAACGGUAGAUAGGAUGAGAAAAAGCAGUGAUGCUAUUGGCCUAUAAUAAAUCAUUAUAAUGAAAUAUAAAUAUCAGAAAUAAACCCAAGAACAUAAAAUAAUUGAGUGCAUUAUAAAGAGAUGACCUUUCAAAUCUGUGAGAAAAGGUGGGAUUACUAAAUAACUUGGGAUGACUGGUUGGCCAUUUUGGGGGAAAAUCCUAGAUCUAUACCUCAUAACUUCCAUCAAAAUAAAUUCUAGGUGAAGUAAAGAUUUACAUGUUAAAGCACGUAAACAUAUACAAGGAGUAUGGCAAUAUUGAUAAAUAUUUCUGUAAAUUUACUAUGGAGAAAAGCCUUUCUAAGCAUGACACCAAAGGAAGAAACCAAAAAGAAAAAGAUAGAUGGAUUUGACCAAUUAAAAAUGCAGAACUCCUAUAUAGUAAAAAAUAAACCAAAUUAAGAGAAAACAAAAUUUGAAAUAUAUGCAACAAAGAGUAUAGAUCUCUAAUGUAUAUCAAGAGCUUAAACCCCAUUACUGAUGGGAGGUUUCUAUGAUCUACAACCUUCCCAACAGAAUGUUCCUAUUUCAUUCUUUCCUCACUGCACUUUUUAAAUUAUUGCUUGUUUGUCUGUUUAUUUCCACUAAACUGGAAGUUCAAGAAAGCAGCCACUGUGUCUGUUUUGCUUCCUGUUAUAUCCUCAAUACUUAACACAGUGCUAGACACAAAGCAACUACUGAAAACAUAUUUAUUGUGUGAGUGAAUAAUGAAUGCAUGAAUAGAUAACAUUUUAUGAUCAAAAAGAAUCAAACUUUCCAGUAGAAAAUUGAGCCAAGGACACAAACUGGCAAUGUACCAUAAACUAAAGUAAUGAACUAAUAAUAAAUAUGAACAUAUUUAAAUAAACUAGUAAUCAAAAAUGCAAAUAUUACAAUACACUCCUUUUUUUAUGUAUCAGAAAGACAAAAGAUAUAAAGAAUUAUAGUUCCUAGGGUCAGUAAGGAAGUAUGGAAGCGGACAUUCUCUUACAGAGUAAACAAGAGUGUAAACUGAUCUGAUCUUUCUGGAAAAUAUUUUGGCAACAUAUUUUUUGUGUACGUCAAAUACUUCCACUUUAGGGAGUUCUCCUUUAAAAAAGGUUAAGAAAAAAUGAAUUCAAGAUACAUUCAUUCAUUAUUCAAAAAAAUACAUGCAACAAAGGAUGCUUAUAGGAGCAUGGAAAAAAUUGGAGGAAUGAAAAAAAUAUAAAUAAGCCCACAAUAUAGGGUUGGUUAAAUAUGGUAUAUCCUUUCAAGGGAAUACUACUGUGCACCAAUUAAGAAUAAGCACUAGAUGUAUAUUUACUGAAAUAAACAGCUAUAUUGUUAAAUGAAAAGAGAAAGUUAUAGAAGAAUACAGUGUGUUCCCAUUUUAAGAGUAUACAUACACAUGUGUGCAUUACAGUGUCUGAAAGGAUAUUUGCUAAAAGGUUAACAGCAUCUAUCUCUGGGAGGUGAGAUUUGGAGCAAUUAUAUUUUCUUUUUGCAUAUCGGUAAUUUCUGAUUUUUCCACAAUGAGCAUGUAGUAUCUGUAUAAUUUUUUCAGGGAAUAAACAACAAUGUUCACAAUAUAUAUUAAAUGAAAAACACAUGUUAUAAACCAGUAUGUAUAGUAUGACACAAUAUUUGUAAAAAAGAAAAUUAUAUAUAAAAAUAUCUAUGUAUGUAUAUAUAUGCAUAAGAAGCUAGAAAGACAUACACUAAAAUGUUAAUAGUAGUUAUUUAUGGGUAGUGGGAUUAUGGGUGAUUAUUUUUUCUUUUUGCUUUUCUGUGUUUUCUAAUUUUUCUACAAUGAAUAUGUAUUCCUUGUGUAAUAAAAACUAAUAAUAAAAGUUUUAAAAAAAAUGAAAA